GGAGCCUCGAUCGUCUUUCUGAUCGUCUGAACGUGGAAUAACUGCAGGAGUCUUGUUUACUCAUCAGGAUUCAUCCACAGUAAAUUUACUUAAUCAUGACGACGUCCUCUCUUCCCUUCUUAGAUAACAGAGACUGUCUAAAACUCAAGGUGGAAAACAGAAUAAGAAACAUUUUCGUAACACAGUCGGAAGACACCAGACACAGAGAGGAGAAAGAUGUCAAUCACAUACCUGUUGUAACAGAGACUGCUAGCAGAGUCCUUGAGGCAGGAGUGAACACUUUGCGAAAGACCCUGGUUCUGAAGAAACAGGCGGAGUUGGAUGAGGUGGACAAGCUACUUGCACUCAAACGGCAGGAGUUUAAGAGCUGCGUGGAGGCUCUAGCAAAGAGGAAGUCUGAACUGGAGAUAAAGCAACAGCAAACUAAAGAGAGGGCGAUGAAAUUUGAGAAGUUUGUGGCUGAAAAUGAAGUGAAGCGAUGUAGAGCGCUGAAGAAGUAUGAAGCUGCACAGGAGCAGAACAUUUUGAAGCAGAGAGCGAUAGAAGAUCUGACAGAACAGCUGAAACAGCUUCAGGCAAGACAGCAAGUUUUAAAAGAGAGAAUGACAAAAUACAAGAUCUAUGAGGAUUACUUGAUGAAAACACUCGAUUAUCUCCCCAGCACUUACCUCGAUAAUGGGUCUGAAUCUUUGGUUAUGCCCAUCAUUCGGCGUCAUGAGACCCUGUCCAUCACCAACCGGGAGCUGCUGCAACGUUUGGGGCGACUUGAGGAGGAGGUGGAGGAGGGCCAGCGACAACUGCAGACCAUGACACAGGAACACAGCAUUAAGAAACUGAUGGCCAACAAAGAACUGUCUGAACUCCAGAGUGAGUUGGAAACACUUAAAGAGAAGAACAAGCAGGCAGAGGUCAACCUGCUGAUGGAGCAAGGCCUGUCCAGAGAGAAGGUUGAGGAAGUGGGACGCUUGCUUAUGGCCAUCAACAACCUUGCAGAGCAGUGUUAUAUACCAGGAUAUGGACCUCUGGAAAACAUGAAUGUACUGACGAUGAUGGGCAUGGUGAAGGAGUACAUACUGGACAAGGCAGACACGGAGAAGAGAGCGAGGAGACUAAUGGAGUCUGGGUCUGCAAUGACAAGCAGAACAGCUCUGACAGACAAGAGAGAGAGGGGAUCAAUGAAAAGCAUUGGCAGUAAAACACAGAUCAAAAGUUCAAGUAAAGUCAGCAGAAAGAGUGAGACAAUGGGUUGAUGUAGAACUUUUACAACUUAUGAUGUGACUGCUUAUAGAAAACUAAAUUUGUUGAGCGUGAACGUUCAUUUUUGAUCAUGGAAAAAACAGAUUGACAAAAAAAUCUUUUCAAAUAUUAAAUUUGUCAACUAAGAGAACCCAUCAGGACUGUGAGAUGCAUUUUAAAGCUCUGGAAAAGGCUAGAGUUAGCUAGCUGUGUUAAGAUCCUUUGUCAAUAUUUAAGAGUGGUUUGGUUUGUGUAACAGAGUUUCAGUGUUCCUAAGUCUUGAUGAAAAAUGUUAUGCAAAAAUUUUCCACCUAAAAUUUCAUAAAGGUUUCGAAAACAAGUUGAUCAAAUGUAAUUGAGCAUCAUGACUUUAUAAAUAUGUAUCUCACGAAUGUAAUCAUUGUUGCAUUUUAAA